AUGUCGACCAACACCACAAACAACAAGCGCAAAGCACCCCCCACCUCAUCCAACAAUCCUACUAGAGAUGAACAUGAACAUGAAUAUGCGAACAAAAGACUCAAACUCACGAAUCAUGCGCAUCCGGGACGGACGCCGGUCCUCCACAGGACUGGCGAUGGCGUCGCGAAAUCUUUGGACUUCAUCGACUUCGCCACUGUGGUGGUCGACAGUAUUACGGCGGGUCAUGCACCUGAUAUUCUGACUGCGAAGGGCGCGAGGAAGCGGUGGAGGGAUGAGAUGAAGGCACGGGCAGUGGAGGUGCAGAGGGGGAGGGAUGGUACGGGUCGAGGGGAGGAGGUGAAGCAGGUGAAGGACAGUAGGAUCACUCUUGGUGAGAAGAGGCCCGCUCUGGAUGUCGGAAUGAUUGCAAGAACUCGAUUAGCGAGGCCACCAGUCAAGGAGUGGCAUGUCACCGACGCACCGCCGCAAUGCGCCAUCAAACCGGACCCAGGCAUAAAGGAAGAAUCGGAGGAGGUCAAGCAGGUGAUGGACGGUAUACCCACCGUUGAAGAGAAAAGGCCCGCUCUGGAUGUCAAAGUGCUUGCAAGAACGCGGUUGGCGAGGCCACCAGUCAAAGAGUGGCAUGUCACCGACGAACAGCCCCGGCGCGCCACCAAACCGGACCCAGGCAUAAAGGAAGAACCGGAGGAGGUAGCUCCGACUGUCGACCAGGUAUGUGUCGAUACUCGGGAGCACAAGAAAGCGCCGGAAGCUACUAUAGCCACUGCACGGCGAUCAGAGCAACGUCGCCCUUCGCCACCUCGGAGAGUGUUACCCACCUACAGGCCUCCGGGCCUGAAAAAAUUCACCGACCUUCCACUUCCCAACAGAGGCCCUCCCCAGCUUGACGACAGCGAUGACUCAAGUGAGAGCGAGAGCGACAGCAGCGAUGACGAGGAUGAGACAGCCAGCAAAGCGCCUGUACAAGGGUCGGUCUCUGAGAGCUUUGCAGAUCGCAUAUUCACCACCGAGAAGGAAGAUUCCGAUAGACGCUCGGGCGAUACGCUGGAUCUGGUAGAGUCGAGCAAUUCCCGCGAAGAGAAUGGCCAAACGGAGAUACCGGGCAAACAGCAAAGUGAGCGACCACUUGGGAGCUCAUAUGGAAGCAUUUCGAACCAUGCGUCUGAAUUUGGCGAGAUCGUCUGUAUAUCAGAUGCAGGCAAAGCACGCAAUGCCAAUAUCGAGCAACCUGCGACUUCGUCAUCUCAGCCGAAGUCCAGUGUGCCAAUGGAUGCCGCGCUUCCAACGCCGCUUGCUACUCCAACAGGUACGAGCCACGAUCACAGCAAAUCGGCAUCGCAGCAAACUGACAACGCCACCAAGAAAACGAUGCGCACUGGAAAGGCUGGUUCAAAGCGCUCUGGCCGUGGUCGUUCCUCAGCCAGGAGUGAUACCCUCGCUGAGAUUUCGCCCGACUGCCUUCGCACGCGCCAAGAGUUGUUCGCUACUGACGGAGACUCCGAUGAUGUUUACGACGAUAUUGAGGAUGUGACCGAAGACCUCCUAAGCGAAAGCCUACUCUCCAUGGACCAGUGUAAGCCUCCGAACUCCCGCGACUCUGCUUGUGAGGUUGAUCUGGAUAUGCUUAUGACUGCUAAUGAUAGUGUUGGCAAAGUACCGAGCGAGAGAGACGCUGUUGUCAUGAUGGUGCAUGAUGAUGGGAGAUCGUUCGACGCAUGGGCACUAGACGAUACGGAUGUAAUGCAAGCUAUGUAUGAAGGACGCGCAGAUGGAGGGGCACUGCAAGAUGCAGAAGGUGCUGUUGCCGAUCAAGUCAUGGAUGAUGCGGCUGUCAAGCUGGAUCUUUCGCGGACGAGCAGCUCGUUGUCGAGUACCUUGAGUGAACUGGGCCGAGCGCCAACGCCUCCGACCGUGGAUGUACAAGAUACAGAGAUUGCGCCUGCCAUUUCCCCUGAAGCCUCUGCGAACAGUGAGGCAGCCAUGCCGGUCUCCUGUGAUUCUUCGAAAGUUCUUGUACCUCUAAGGCGAAAGAUGACAGGGAUAUCUUCGAAACACUUCUCGCCUGCCAAAAUAACAAAGACUACGAAUUUGGACAGACUGAACAGGCAGACUCCAAUGAAAGGUCGUGAAGCAGUCGUGGCGGCAGACACCGAAAGUCCCUUGACGGCGCUACAAAAUGCACUUGACCGACAAGUCUUUCCAAGCGAAGAUGUUGCAGCGGAUGAACAAGCCGAGUCUGCCAACAAUCUCCUCGAAAACUCUGAGUCUGUUAAUGCUAGCGUUCCGGUCAACAACCCCGCCGCUGGGACAAGCAAGAGAAAGAAGUCUUCGAGACGUAGACAGAGGAAAGUGGACGAUGUUGGGGUGAGUACCAUCGUCGACGAAGAUCAAGAAUACAAUCAGUCUGGGACGCAAGCAGACAACGUCAAAACACCAGUCAGACAGACCAGGUCCACGGUCAAGACUCCUGCUUCCAAGCGCAAGUCCACAGGCAAGAUCAGCGAGCACUUCAUCACAGACCGCGUAGACCUGUAUAACACAACUGCCGGAGGCGGACGCAUACCGGCCGGUACAUCACGAGCUCCCGUGCCACCCAUUGAUGCCACCAUGUUUGGCCUCAUUCAAGAGAAGAUCUGGCGCGAGCCCUUCUGGCUAAUCAUAGCAGUAACCUUCCUCAACAAGACCGCCGGCAGAAGCGCCGUACCUGUCUUCUGGAAGCUGAAGGAGAAGUAUCCCACCUGCGAAGCCCUCGCCGAGGCAGAUCAAGCAGAUCUCCUCGAGAUGGUACGCCAUCUAGGACUGCAGAACCAGCGCUCCAAGCGCCUCAUACAGAUCGCCAAAGCAUGGACCGCUGAUCCUCCUGUGGCUGGAAAGCGAUAUAGAACGCUGAACUACCCCACUCAUGGAGACGGCAAAGCCUCCACCAUCGCAAACCUCGUGGAAGAAGACGCCGAAGACUGCGCAGGUCUUCUUGAAAUCGGCAACAUCCCAGGCUGUGGGCAGUAUGCGUACGACAGCUGGCGCAUCUUCUGCCGUGAUCAUUUGAGGGGCGUGGCGGAUGACUACAAUGGUACCAAUGCCAAGAUCCAUGGUUUCGUGCCGGAGUGGCAGAGAGUUUUGCCUGAUGAUAAGGAGCUUCGUGCUUGUUUGAGGUGGAUGUGGUUGAGGGAAGGGUGGAUUUGGGAUCCGCUUAGUGGGGAGAAGCGGCGUGCUUCAGAGGAGGAGAUGGAGAAAGCGAUCUUGGGUGAGAUGGAAAUUGAGGAUCCGCAGGAGAGAAAGUUUGCCGCUCAGGCUGCGGGCGUGGAGUCUUCUGCGAAGAAGGUAAAGAGAGGUGGUGCGGAUAGAUCUCUGGAGGAGACACCUGCGAAGACUCGUAGCAGGCCAUCUGCCAAUGACGAUCAGAUUGGAGCUGAAGUACUUGAGGACGUCUGUCUGGAAAAUGACGCGAGUGCCAUCGAUGUCGCACCACCGACCAUCGCAUCGAGCGAGGCUGCAUCGAAAGCUAGAAGGCCUGACGCCCAAGCAUCUAUUGAAGAGUCCAAAGCCAAACAUCGAAAGCGUGGACGGCAGAGGAAGAGCAUUCCGGUCCAUGCUUCGGAAAGUGCGAAACCCAGACGAUCAGCUCGACACCAAGUGAAGAAGUCGUCGACAUGA